CGGGAUGCGUCCGCGCUAGGAGCCAGGUCCAGGAUGGGGACGGCGUCCGUCGGGGCCUCAGCCCUGGUGCUCCUUCCGCUGCUGCUUUUUGCGGCUGGGGACGAGGGUGAGUCUGACACGGCCCACAGCACCCCGGAGCUGGGCCUCCGGAUGCACAAGCUGGGCUCUGGGGCCGUGCGGGCCGCCCUGGCCGAACUGGUGGCCCUGCCGUGUCUCUUCACCCUGCAGCAGCCACGGCAGCCCGCCAGCACCGCCAGCGCCCGAGACGCCCCUCGCGUCAAGUGGACCAAGGUGCGGACAGCGUCCGGCCAGCGACAGGACGAGCCCAUUCUGGUGGCCAAGGACAACGUGGUGCGGGUGGCCAAGGGCUGGCAGGGCCGAGUGUCGCUGCCCGCCUACCCCCAGCACCGGGCCAACGCCACGCUCCUGCUGGGGCCACUCCGGGCCAGCGACUCCGGGCUGUAUCGCUGUCAGGUGGUCCGGGGCAUUGAAGACGAGCAGGACCUCGUGCCGCUGGAGGUGACGGGCGUGGUCUUCCACUACCGGGCAGCCCAGGACCGGUACGCCCUGACUUUCGCCCAGGCCCAGGAGGCCUGCCGACUGAGCUCAGCCACCAUUGCCGCCCCACGGCACCUGCAGGCUGCCUUCGAAGACGGCUUUGACAACUGUGACGCUGGCUGGCUCUCGGACCGCACCGUCCGGUACCCCAUCACUCAGUCGCGACCUGGUUGCUACGGCGACCGGAGCAGCCUUCCGGGUGUUCGCAGCUAUGGGAGGCGUGACCCGCAAGAGCUCUAUGACGUGUACUGCUUUGCCCGGGAACUGGGAGGCGAGGUCUUCUACGUGGGGCCCGCCCGCCGCCUGACCCUGGCCGGGGCGCGCGCCCAGUGUCGGCGCCAGGGGGCCCGGCUGGCCUCGGUGGGGCAGCUGCACCUGGCCUGGCACGAGGGCCUGGACCAGUGCGACCCCGGCUGGCUGGCGGACGGCAGCGUGCGCUACCCGAUCCAGACGCCCCGCCGGCGCUGCGGGGGCGCGACCCCGGGCGUGCGCACCGUCUACCGCUUCGCCAACCGCACCGGCUUCCCUGCGCCCGCAGCGCGCUUCGACGCCUACUGCUUCCGAGCUCAUCACACCGCAACCCCGCAUGGAGACCCGGAGAUGCCCUCCUCCGGGGACGAGGGGGACCUGCUGUCGGCAGAAGGCCCCCCGAGCCCGGAGCUGGAGCCCGGCCUGAGGGAGGCGGAGGACGUGGUCACACCCGAGUCCCAGGAGCCCCUGGUGUCCAGUGGGGAAGAGCAGGCGCCCCUGAUUGUCAUGGAGGAGCAGGCGUUGUCGGACACCCCCAGGCCUGCCUCAGGGGGCCCCACUCCAGCUUCGUGGCCCACGAAGGCAGAGGAAGCGUGGCUGGACAGCGUGGCGUCCAGCAGCAGCAGCAGCUCAGGCUCUGUGGCGUCAACACCCACGGAUGGAGCCCCCGUGAGCCCCCCACCGCGAAGGAGAGGGCGCUUCAAAGGGCUAAACGGGCGUCACUUUCAGCAACAAGAACUGGAACCGGAAGCCAGCGCCCAGCAGCCUCUCAUCCCAGAAGCUGCUGGAAGUCCUGUGGGGCCUCCCGUGGCCACGGCAGCCACCGACAGGCUGGGGCUUGGCUGGAACCAGAGUCCCUGGGGCGAGCUGACCAAUGAGCUGGGUGUGUCUGAUGCCGAUUUCCAUGGUGGCCCUCCACGGUCCCCAACCAGGGCCCCUGCCAGUAUCCCAGGUCCCAGCCGGACUCCUGCCAUGAUGCAAAAGGAAAUUACAGGCGCCAGCAUAAAACCAGCCACCUCCGUCCUGCCCUGGUCCCUUCCGGAAGCCACUGUCACCACUCCCAUCCCUGGCUCUGAGGACCCCCGCACGGACACAGGGUCCCCAGACUUCCCAGUGGUGGCCAUGCUGCGUGCCCCCAAGCUCCAGCUCACACUAGACCCCACCGAUGGGCACCGUGAGGCCACGGCCACAGCUCCCCCCUCGCUGGUGACCGACGCUGAAGUGUCUGCCCCGUCCCCUUCCUGGGAUCCCACCGGACGGAGUGGAGAGGCCAGGCUGGUGACAGCUGUGGACACGGGCACUGGAGCUGGUUCAAGGACCCCCAACACAACUGGGGGGCCCAGCCCCAGGACGCCCGUGAGAGCUGAUCUCGCCCCGGCAGAGCCGACACGCUCAGGAAAUGUCUUGGGACCCGAGUCUGCAGUUCUCAGCAUGGCGGACUUGUCUAGCUUACAGGCCACUGUGGAUGAGGUGGACUCCGUGCCCUCGGCCGCCCCCUCCGGGGACCCUGGGGUUUUCGUGGCUGCUAGAAUCGCCCCAUCCACUGUGGGGCCUGGGGCUGCCACGGAGCAAGGGACCGUGGUGGGUCGCACGGAGUCCACUGUCCCGCCGGAAUCUAGUGACGCUGGUGGCGCUUGGGACUCUGGGUCGCUCGUGGUGGUGGGGACCCAGCAUCCCACGGGGCACCCUCGGGUGACAGUAGCUGCAACGUUGGCAAUGCCCCUCACACCUCCAGACCUGGAGACCAAGGCGGACGUCCUAGCUACAUGCAUACCAGCUUCCUCCAGCUCUCAACCCCAGCCAGAACCGGAGGGCGGGGUGCUGGCCGAGGGGGCCACACCUGGAGUGCCAGUGGCUCCACCUCACGCGCCCCCUGCAGCCAGCGUGGAUGAAGGAGAGCCUGCAGGACCAUGGGACGCCCCCAAUACCCCGCCACCUGUCUCCAGAGGCACAGAGGAGUUGGAGCUGGGGAUCUUGGCAAGCGGCCCCGCCUUGGACAGCUUCUGGGAGGAGGUGGCGAGUGGAGAAGAGAGCCCGACCGCCUCGGAUCCCUGUGAAAACAACCCUUGCCUGCACGGAGGCACGUGCCGUGCCAACGGCACCAUGUACGGCUGUAGCUGCGACCAAGGCUUUGCCGGGGAAAACUGUGAGAUUGACAUCGACGACUGUGCGUGCAGCCCCUGUGAGAACGGAGGAACCUGCAUUGAUGAGGUCAACGGCUUCGUCUGCCUCUGCCUGCCCAGCUAUGGAGGCAGCCUGUGUGAGAAAGACACGGAGGGCUGUGACCGGGGUUGGCACAAGUUCCAAGGCCACUGCUACCGUUAUUUCGCACACCGGCGGGCGUGGGAGGAUGCCGAGCGAGAUUGCCGCCGCCGGGCCGGCCACCUGACCAGCGUCCACUCCGCGGAAGAACAGAACUUCGUCAACAGCUUCGGGCAUGAAAACACGUGGCUGGGGCUGAACGACAGGACCGUGGAGAGAGACUUUCAGUGGACUGACAACACGGGGCUGCAAUACGAGAACUGGCGAGAGAACCAGCCGGAUAAUUUCUUCGCGGGCGGGGAGGACUGCGUGGUGAUGGUGGCGCAUGAGAGUGGCCGCUGGAACGACGUCCCUUGCAAUUACAAUCUCGCCUACGUCUGCAAGAAGGGCACGGUGCUGUGUGGGCCCCCUCCCAUGGUGGAGAACGCCUCCCUGGUCGGCUCCCGCAAGACCAAGUACAACGUCCACGCCACCGUCCGCUACCAGUGCGAUGAGGGCUUCUCCCAGCACCACGUGGCCACCAUCCGCUGCCGCAGUGACGGCAGGUGGGACAGGCCUCAGAUCGUCUGCACCAAAGCUAGACGCUCACACCGGACGAGGCGGCACCGCCACCGCCACCGCCACCGCCGCCACAGAACCCACAGGGAACGCAGAAAACACAAGGGCCGCCCCGCGGAGGACUGGGAGAGGGACGAAGGCGCCCUGUGCUGA